AUGCCUUCAGCAGCUUCCCGACUCGUGCGGAUCGGCCGUGCCGCUCGCUCAGCUGCGGCGACCACAUCUCGCUUCGCCCAAUUCGUUGAAGCAGCGACCCUCUCCACGAAGGCGGUGGCGACCAAACCUCACGCUAUCUUAGGUUCAGAUCGUGCCGCCUCCGUAGAUCUGCGUAUGAACCAAUCCACUGUCCAUGCUCCUCCACGCGCCAUGGCACCUGCCUCCCUGACACUCAGUCACCCAGAAGAACAAAGGCAGGAAGGUAAGGUGAAGUUUGUGGUAGAGGAGAAAGACCUUGAGUCAGAAGCAGCCCUUUGGGCCUUGUAUGAGCGCUGGUGCAAAGAUUUCAACCAAAAGCGUGAUCAUGAUCCUAUUCUUAAAAAGAUUGAUGAGGAGUUUGGCGACAAACCAGGUGAAUUUAUUCUAGGUGAUGGUGACAAACUUCUCAAGCGAGUCUUCGCUGAUUAUAAGGUGGUUCAUGGCAGACUGUAUGUUCAUUUACCAAAGGGAGUUGAUGUGGAAACCAUCACCACCAAUCCUGAAUGGGUCGAGCUGGAAGCGACCACCAACCCUCCAUACCGAUACCCUACUUACAUCUAG